UUCCCUCUCCAGCAUCACAAACACGGGAUGCGCUUCAUCGCUUUGGGGAGUGGAUGGAUGGAGGGGACAGGGUCAUGAAGGUAACCACAUCCAUUGGGUUUGAUUUAGGGGGCUGUUACCGCAGGAGCCUAUCCAUUAUUAAUAAUCCGCGGAAGAGCGAGCGGGAGAUCCUCGAACCGAAGCGCAACCAUCGGCGAGUCAUGUCCCCAACUGACAGCGCUUCCAGAGGAGCCGACGAAGAGGAUAAAGGAGGAUGAAGGAGACAGGAGGCGAAGAGGCAGAGGGGGAUUAUAAUGAAGUUGAGUGGCAAAGGACUGUGCACCAUCGUCUCCAGCAGUCUGCUUUUCGUGUGCGCCCUGAGCGCCGUGGUCGUGGGAUUCAGAUGUAUUGCGCUGGGCUCCAGGGUGCGAGCGCACUUCCACCUGGGCGCCGCGGCCGGCGCGUUUUACUCGGGGAUCCUGGUGGCUUUCGGACAGGUCCUGAUGUGGAUUGCGCUGGUCUUUUGUCAGGGCAAGCCACGGUGUAGGAAUUUCUUCCUCUUUGGGAUCUUAGUGUUUCUUCUGGGAGUCCUGACGGCGUUCUCGGGCGCAGUGGUGGACGGCGACACGGUGUCGCUGGUGGAGAGGAAGUACGCGCACUAUUGCCUGGACUCCAUUGAUCUAAACCCGGCGUGCGACCGGCUCAAGGUGUACCAGAGGGCUCUGAUGGUGUCCACCAUCCUUAAUACUCUGGAGUGUGUCCUGGGGCUUAUGAACUUGGUGAUUAUAAAGCGCUACCAAGCGGCGCGUUUUCACCGGAGACGCCGCGCGCAGAGACGGAGCGCGCGGACGAUCAUCCUCAGCGAGGAGCGCGACUUCGCGGUUACGGAGUUCCAGCCGGUGUCCUACAUCAACCUGGGGGUGUUACACGCUUUGAACGAUGCGGACGGGGAGGUCCACUGCAGGGGCCACCCGUCCAUGGAGCUCCCGGGCUAUUCACCCUCGGAUCCGGAGCUCAAUCACACGUACCCGUUUUCUUUCCCACUUCACAACGAGAUGCCACCCGCAUACGAGGACAUAUUCCCCAGAGAAACGUGUCACGAUUAGCGAACGAGCUCUUGUGUAUUGGGGGAAAGUUGCAGUUUUGCAGUGACAAUCACGCAUUCCGCACACUGAACUUGAAAUGUAAGUGCAAUGAUCAGAUUGAGAUGACAGGUUUAUAUAUUCUCCUGACCAGUUAGACUAAUGUAAACGAUGCUGGCAAUGAACUGAUGACAAAGUAAAUAUAUACAGAAUGAAAUGAUUAUCUAACAUGCAGCAUUUGUUUUAUUGGCCCUCCUGACUGAUUGUGUUCCUAAUUUAUUGCUAGUCAUAAAAUCUUGUACAAAUUUCCUACUGGAUUUUCUAUUAUUGGAACCAAUCCUAAAGAAUCCUAACAGGAAUUUUCUUAUACCAACAAAACAAAAACUUCCCAAUAGAACUAAUUACCAAUUAGUUUCAGAAAUUAACUUUUACAUUAAGGGGUAAUAAGUUUUUGUCUUUAUGAGGGAAUUUUUGUUCUUAAAAUUUUAAAUCCUUUGCAUAAUCAUAUAUUUAUGUCAAACACGUCAAUUUAAUCGAUUCAUUUAUAUAAAAAAAAAAAUUGUUAAGAUUGAGAAUUGAUUACAUUUUAUUGAAAAAUGAAAUCAACAUCAAUUCAUAUUUAUGCAGCAAUAUGUAUAAUAGGACUAUAAUAUAUCUUGAGAACUAUUUCAGAUUUUUAUUUUUAUUUUAUUUUUUGCCCCCACAUUUUGUAUUUUGGAGGCAUUUUUUUGCCCCAACCCCACCUAAAUUUCUGGCCCUGUAACCAACCAGAUAAAAUGCCCUUUUAGGACAUCAAGAGGAUUAAAUACAAUGCAAAAAAAACAAAAAAAAAAAGAAAAAAAAAACAACAAAACAAAAAAAAAAAAAAAAAAAAUGGGGUCGGGUAGAGAUUACACAAUAUCCAUUAUAUAUAUAUAACCUGUAGGAAUUGCAGUUCAUCCAGUAGGAUAUCAUUUGAUACUUGGGAAAAUUCCAGUUGCGGUCUGGUAGGAUUGGCUCCAAAUUGUGAUUAGGAAUUCUUUAUAAAUCCCUUUAGGAUUUUCUGACUACGGAUCCCUAUGUUUCUUGAUGUCGCUCUUCUGCUUUCUCCCAUAUUGCUUACGUUUAGCUUAUAAAUAAAAGGUGUAUUUACUCUCCGUUGACGUUGCUUAUGAGUCCAGGUUAACUAACACAUUUGUGCAUGCAGUGCUGUGCGGGAGGUGAUAGACAGUCUGCCUGCAGCAGGUGUUGCCAUGGUUCCUUGACCCUUUUUCUACCUGCGUGUAAUUAGAUAUGUAACAAACCAGCCUUUGAAAUGCAGAUUUGGUUGGUUUGUCAAAUCUGAUCUGUGGCACAAAGCAAAGUAGGU